CUCUCUACCCACCCUACUCGAGAACUCACACACCGACAGAACUCCCCCCCUCCCCCCAAAUACUACAGCCAAUCAACUAAUCAAAUAAUCAACAAAAUGACAAACCUCUCCGGUACCCUCCCCACCCCACCUCGGCCAUAAUCCAAGCCAUUCCUACUUAAACUCCAGCUAACAUCCACCACCCCACCCCCCAGACGGCGAAGACAGUCAAAUGCAAGACUCCCCCUCCAGCACCCCGUCGACACCUCCCGCGGCCCUCUCAAACCCGACCGAGAACCUCACACUGCACUCACCACCCGUGGAGCAAACCCCGCCAGCCUCGCAGCAAAACACCCCGAUACCGAACUGGGCCAGCAAGCGCGCGCAGGAGGAGGCCGAGACCGCCAGGGAGAAGGUUGUCGACGCGAAGUUUACUACAAAGUGGCUCGGGGACGACCUUGAUGAGGGUGACAUGUGGAAGAAUGGGUAGUCGAUCACAGCUUGUUUCUUUCACUCCACGACCGGGGGGGGGGGGGGGUAAUUAUGAUGUUUUUUUUUAAAGGAAAAAAAAAAGGCUAUGGAGACUCUUU